UUUGAUUUGGGAGACAAAGACGCAGUCACGCGUAGCAACAGUUGAAGUAUUCUUUACUCCAAGCAACAACGCAAAGCAAAGAAAGAGUCGAAAAAUGUCAGACGCAGCAUUGCAGGUACUGGACGGAACGAACCUGAGAGGCGUGGAUCUGUCCCUCCCCGACGGUUCAUUCAGCGGAGUUAAAAUUCUCGACAUUGCCCAUUCCCGCGUCUCGUCUUCUCUCUUCGGUCUCUCAUUACCCGAUUCCCUCAAAGCCUCUGCUCUCACGCGCCUCCGCACACCCGACGUCCACGCCUUCCGCUCCGCCGAGUACGCCGAGGACAAGGCGUCUUCGAUUCUCCGAGACUACAUCACCGCCAUCGCCGAUGAACUCAAAGAUAAUCCCCUUGUUGUGUCAAUCUUGGAUGGAAGUACUCUCCGUAUGUUAUUAGAGGACGAGGAUGACUUUGCUAUGCUAGCAGAAAAUCUUUUCACUGAUUUAGAUGUGGAAGACAAGGGGAAAAUCAGCAAGAGUGAAAUUCGGAAUGCUCUUGUCCAGAUGGGAGUUGAGAUGGGCGUUCCUCCUUUCUCAGAAUUUCCUCAGCUAAAUGACUUGUUGAGAAAACACGGGGUGGAUGGGGAAGAAAAAUUGGGUCAGGCACAGUUUGCACAGCUUCUGCAGUCUGUACUGCAAGAUCUAGAAGUGGAACUUUCAAAAGAGAAUGUUGUUUCCAUCCAGAAUAUUCAAAUCAUUAAUGGCUCUAAGCUAAGACAGCUAUUAGCCAAUGAACAGGAACUAAACAGCAUUGUGGAGAAGGCAUUGUGGGAAAAACAGGAAGCAAAGGACGGCUUAGGAAGCACAGAAAUAAUACGGAAUUUCCUGGAGAGAAACGCUAAGGAACUAGGUUUACCUGUAGUAGCUGACGAGGCAGUCGUUCUUCUUUAUGACGCUAUCUUUGCUGAUAUAGCAAAAGAAAAAGAUGGUGUGGAAUUAGAUAAAGAAGAGCUGGCAAAACUUGUGAAGGAUAUCCUCGAGAAAUUCUCAGAGCAGCUUGAGGUUAAUCCUGUGUAUCAGGACUUAGCUUGAGAAAGUUGGGUUAAUGGGCCACAUUUCAUAUCGUAUGUUAUGUCUGAAACUUUGUGUCAUUACAUUGCAGAGCAAUUGGGAUUCGCAUCCACCCUCUUGCAGCGAAAUUUAUAAUGUAUAAUGAAUUUUACUUAUGCGGAGGUACCUUAAAUAGCAUGCUCACGGGCUUCUAUACCUAUCCGAGGUAUUUUUGCUUCAAAUUUAUUAUAUUAGUGUAAAUUUUGAAUAAAUUUUUAAAAUAGGGUGAGUUCU